AUGCCGCACAUUGUCGAGACCGCGACCACCCGGCUCAACAUCACUGCAGACGGCCUGCAGGGAAUCCUUUACAAGAUCAACCUCGGAGCGCGCGCCCUGCGCAUGGCGGGUGUUCCGGAUCGCCCGGACAUCUGCAUGUGCCCGGCAAAUAAAUUGGUUGCCACUGUUCGCAUGCUGGAGCWGAACAGGAUCGUGAUCCCAGGACAAAUCACGACUUCAUUACCUUCAAAGGGCCUCGUUGACCUCCCGAACGAGCUGUUGGGUACAAUCUGCGGCUACGUCUUGGAGGACGCAUUCCACGCCAAGCGAAAGAGUGAGUAUUUCAUGGAGGAUCAAGAUGAAUUACUUUUACGGGGUGCCUUUCAGACUACGCGACUGCUGAUCACCACUCAACAAUCUUUUGGCAUAAACUCGCGCCUCCGCUCGAUUAUCAUGGAGAGGGUUCCUACACUACUGGAGCGCUACCCACUGRACUGGACCAGCCUGUACAACGUCCUUGGAUUCGGCCGUGAAUUCUACAACAAUCAAUUUAUCAUGGGUGCCGUAGAACUCUACGACGCCGUUCUUCAGUGCGCAGAAACAAUGUCCAUCAACAUUCGACUACAUGAUCAGGCGUUAGCGAGAUUACUCGGAAAUGUCACACUGGCAAUUGGCUCCGGAGAUUCAAAUUUUGGCCGGGAUUAUCCUGAUAUCCAUUUGCAAGCAGGCGAGACUGGACCUAUCCUUCGCUUCGUGCAUUUUGACAGUCCUACUAUGGCCGGUCCUGUCGACCCGAAACUCUUCAUCCUACAACGCAUCAAAAAGGUCUUCGUUCCUACAGCUCGCAGGCAAUCUCAUGAGCCGCAUGAAGAACAUAUCAGCCGGGUCUCCGCCGAUCUGAAGGUCCUUAAAACUGUCCUGCCGGAGUUGGAGGAGCUCGCUGUCAGCGUCAACAUAGGUCCCAAGUGCUGGUGGAUUCCUAGCGCGGAUGAUAAUGAGCUGGCGAUCGAGCUCAUUGGUGCAACCAUCCAGACACUACGCACUCUACCGAUCAAGCGUAAGCUGAUUUUCACAAGUCACGUUGACCAGAGGUCAAGUAAGUUCCAUCCGGACCUCGUACCGCUCGUCGAAGGAGCGGAGAUGACGGACGCMGAGGCCGCUCGAGCCGUCUUGUAUCAAAGUCAUUCGUCAGGCUAUCUGAUGCUUGAAGAGUGA